GCCGCCACUCCACCGAAUCCCCCUCGGGAUCUCCCCUGCCCGAUUCACCCAACCAGCGCUCUCCCUCCUCCUCGUUCCAGAUGCCCGAGCCCCCAAUCCAAAAUUCCUCUCGGCCUCCACCAUGUAGCCCCCUCCUCCCGAUCCAUCCACCAUGGUCGUCGCCCUGCUUCUUCGAGACUAGCAGCUGCUGAUCUGCAUCCAUGCCGCCUCCCGGCGUCGACCGCAAGCCAAGGAGCCUCCCUGUGCUCCUCCAGCUCGCCUCGUCACCCGGCAACCGGCGCUGCCACCGGCGACCAGCAGAUGGGUGCCAUGCCCUUCCCUUCUUCCCCAUUCCCUCUGGUUCCCUCUCUCACCUGCUCCCUGUCUUCUCCAGAAAGCCCGCAGGAGCAUCCAUGGUCGUCCCCGUCGCCGCUGCCUUUCCCUCGCCUUCCCUCGGCUCCACCUGCCGGUGAGACUCGCGACUCCGUCACCGGCUUGUCCCUGCUGCGUCGGCCAUCUUCUCCCUCGCCUCGCUCCGCUCGUCUGCAGAGGUCGCGAGGCAUCUCUGCUGCAUCAAGCCGCUGCUCGUUCCACCUCCAGCGCGCCCGAUGCAUCCUCCUCGCGCAUGCCUGGCCGCGCCACCGGACCCCCGCAGACAACAGCUCCAUAGCCGCCCGUCAAGUUCGCGCCCCGGCCCCGAUCUGGACCGGAUCUCCUCUGCUCCGCCGCCUAGCCGCCGAAUCCGCCCCGUUCCGGCCGGUUCCCGCCGACCCCGCCGCCAGGAACCCCCCUGUCGUUGUCUUCUCCAUCGCCAUGGUGUUGCUAUUUCUGUUCUUCAGAAACGAGAGCACCAGCGUCUCGUUAGUCCCGAGCGUUGACCGCGCCUCCAGUGGCCUCCAAGGCCCAGCGCGCCCCUCCUGUAGCCUCCCCUCCAAUCGGGUUAAGGCCCAUGGUGAGCCCCCAGCCCCUUCUCUUUGUUCAGCCCAGUUCCGCCAGAUUCAGCCCAUGUUUGUUUCCCCAUGCGCUGCGAAUUUUGCCAUUUAUCCAGAGACUGCCAGUUUUACAGAAAAACCCAUCAUGUUCAUGCAUAUAAUAACUCAACAACCAUGCAUCGGAUUAAAAUGAUUUAUAUAUGUAAAAUUCUUAGAAUUUUAUCUAGUUUUACAUUAUGCCACUUUCAUCCAUGUUUAAAAUGUUUAUACUUGCUGUUUGUUUAAAUUUUCUCUAAUGGCAUGUUAAAAUAAUUUAUUUCAUAACUAAAUAACCGUAGCUCGGAUUUAAAUAAACUUUAUAUGUAAAUGGGGUAGAAAAAUGCAUAGAUUAACUUGGUGCACUUUAUUUUCCUGUUUAACAACAAUAAAAUAUGGU